AAGCGAGCAGCUCCAAGACUCGUGAAGUCGUGUGAAUGGUUAUCGUGUUCAGGUUGAAGCUAAAGCGUUCCGUUUCAUUUCAACAGUUUCACUUUUGUUCUGUUUACGGAGAUUCUAAAGGUUCUGCUGAGUCAUCCCGAGCUUCCACUCACGCGCCUUUGGAGCCUCCCGGCCUCCGUAGAGUUGCGACUCUUACUGCGUGGUCAGUCAGUCAGCAGCUGAACCGUAGCUCUCUUCGUGAAUUCGCCUCGUGGGGCUCGUUUGGGUCGGAACCAUGAGCAGAAGCUACAACGAUGAGCUGCAGUACCUGGAGAAGCUGUCCGGGACCUGCUGGAGGAUCAAGAAGGGCUUCGUGCCCAACAUGCAGGUUGAAGGGAUCUUCUACGUGAACGAGCCUCUGGAGAAGCUGAUGUUCGAGGAGCUUCGGAACGCCUGCCGUGGAGGAGGUGUGGGCGGCUUCCUUCCCGCCAUGAAGCAGAUCGGGAACGUGGCGGCGCUGCCCGGCAUCGUGCACAGAUCCAUCGGUCUGCCGGACGUCCACUCGGGGUACGGAUUCGCCAUCGGAAACAUGGCUGCCUUCGACAUGGGUGACCCCAGCGCCGUGGUGUCUCCAGGCGGCGUGGGAUUCGACAUCAACUGCGGCGUCCGUCUCCUGAGGACCAACUUGGACGAGCGGGACGUCCAGCCCGUGAAGGAGCAGCUGGCCCAGUCGCUGUUCGACCACAUCCCGGUGGGGGUGGGGUCCAAAGGAGUCAUCCCCAUGGGAGCCAAAGACCUGGAGGAGGCGCUGGAGAUGGGCGUGGACUGGUCCCUGAGGGAGGGCUACGCCUGGGCCGAGGACAAGGAGCACUGCGAGGAGUACGGCCGCAUGCUGCAGGCCGACCCCAACAAGGUGUCGUCCAAGGCCAAGAAGAGAGGCCUGCCGCAGCUGGGAACUCUGGGAGCAGGAAACCACUACGCAGAGAUCCAGGUGGUGGACGAGAUCUACAACGACUACGCCGCCAAGAAGAUGGGCAUCGACCACAAGGGCCAGGUGUGCGUGAUGAUCCACAGCGGCAGCAGGGGCCUCGGGCACCAGGUGGCCACAGACGCGCUGGUGGCCAUGGAGAAGGCGAUGAAGCGCGACAGCAUCACGGUGAACGACCGGCAGCUGGCCUGCGCCCACGUCACCUCGCAGGAGGGGCAGGACUACCUGAAGGGCAUGGCGGCGGCGGGGAAUUAUGCCUGGGUCAACCGCUCCUCCAUGACCUUCCUCACCAGACAGGCCUUCUCCAAAGUGUUCGGCACUACGCCGGACGACCUGGACAUGCACGUCAUCUACGACGUGUCCCACAACAUCGCCAAGGUGGAGGAGCACAUCGUGGACGGGAAGCAGAGGACGCUGCUGGUCCACCGUAAAGGCUCCACCCGUGCCUUCCCGCCGCACCACCCCCUGAUCCCCGUGGACUACCAGCUCACGGGCCAGCCGGUUCUGAUCGGAGGCACGAUGGGAACCUGCAGCUACGUCCUGACGGGCACCGAGCAGGGCAUGACGGAGACCUUCGGCACCACCUGCCACGGAGCGGGCCGCGCUCUGUCCCGGGCCAAGUCCCGCCGGAACCUGGACUUUCAGGACGUCUUGGACAAGCUGGCUGACAUGGGCAUCGCCAUCCGGGUGGCGUCGCCCAAGCUGGUCAUGGAGGAGGCGCCGGAGUCGUACAAAAACGUGACAGACGUGGUCAACACGUGUCACGACGCCGGCAUCAGCAGGAAGGCCAUCAAGCUACGACCCAUCGCCGUCAUCAAGGGCUGAGCCGCCGCAGAACCACACGGCGUCCGAGUUUACUGAUGGAUUUAUGUUCAGGCCCGCUUCUGCUGUGGGACCGGCCCGUUUGUUUCCAAUAAAGUUUCUAUUUUCCAGCAUGA